AUGAUAUCUCCAAAAAAAGUGAAAGGAAGAGGAAAUAAGGCAACAUCUAAUAAAGUUGAAAAACGCAAGCUCUCUAAGCCUAGAAGUCGAGCUCGUGAAUCACCUGGAAGUAAAGGCGUUUGUAUGUUGUGCGAAGGAAUUGGCGAGAAAUUAGUUACAUGUCAGGGUGGUUGUUUUUCAAAGUUUCAUCUGGAAUGUCUCGGUAUAACUGAAUGGCCAGUUAAAGGAUUCAAGUGUCAGGAAUGUACAAGUGGUACUAGGAAAUGUUUCGUGUGUGGAAGUAGCGAGCCGCCUGUACUGCCAUGCAAAGUAGCCGGGUGCGGAAAAUGUUAUCAUGACACAUGUAUAUCGCAGUUUACAUGUGGUCAAGUUAGUGAAGAAGGAUGCAUUAGGUGUCCACGGCAUGUCUGUACUACAUGUACUGCAUUCGCAAUAUCGAAAAAUGACGAAAAUUUUGAUGUUGUUAUCCAGAAGAAAUUAGCACGAUGUAUUUAUUGCCCAGUCUCAUAUCAUGCCAGUGAAGCUUGCUUGCCGGCAGGGUGUAAGGUAUUAAAUUCAUCCGCAAUUAUUUGCAACAAGCAUUUAGAUGCAAAAGUCAAACAUGUUAAUGUCGGUUGGUGCUUUGCCUGCUCUCAAGGAGGAAAUUUAAUUUGUUGCGAGUUAUGUCCUGCAUCUUAUCAUGAAAAUUGCUUGGAUGAGAAAUGUCGUCCAAAGCCUAACGAAGAUAAAUGGUUCUGUAGAGGAUGUAUUGAUGGCAAAUUUCCUGUCAUUGGAGAUAUUGUUUGGGUUAAAAUUGGAGCCUACCGUUGGUGGCCAGCUGAAGUCUGUAAUCGUAAGUAUGUGCCGGAUAAUAUCUUAGCACUAAAGCAUGGUCCGGGAGAAUUUUCGGUGCAAUUUUUGGGAUCACAUGAUUAUAGCUGGACAUCAAUAUCGCGUAUUUUUGGUUACGAAGAGGAAGAUAUUGAUGGUAGAGCAAGCAAAUUAGGUCGUAAAGGAAUUGUCAAAUCAUUUGGUAAAGCAUUGAAAGAAGCAGAAGAAAAAUUUACGCAACGGAAAAUAAGCAGAGAAAAAAAGGAAGCAAAAAGUCAAGAAAGGAGAUCUCAAAAGCCUCCGAGUUACAAGCAUAUCAAGAUGAAUAAAUUGGUGGAUGCUUUAAUAAGGCCAAAUUUAACCGAGUACACACCUUGUAGUUGUAAACCGACUGACGAAGCUCCUUGUGGUAGUAGUUCUAAUUGUAUAAAUCGUAUGUUAAUGUGUGAAUGCAACUCAAGUAUGUGUCCGGCUGGUGAUAAAUGCCAAAACCAGCGUUUUCAAAAGUUAGAGUACGCAAAAAGUGAAAUAUUUAAAUCAAACCAGUGUGGUUGGGGCUUAAAAUCAGCCGAAGAUAUUUAUGCGGGUACUUUGGUGGUAGAGUACGUAGGAGAAUUACUCAAUGAGAAAACUUGCUAUCAAAGGAUAAAAAUGGCACAAUCGAAAGGGGAAAAGAAUUUUUAUAUGUUAAAUAUUGACAAAGAUGUCAUUAUCGAUGCAGGUCAGAAAGGCAACUUGGCUCGUUUCAUGAACCAUAGUUGCCAGCCAAACUGUGAAACCCACAAAUGGACUGUAAAUGGUCUCACCUGUAUAGGUUUGUUUGCAAUUGACGAUAUCAAACAAGGAGAAGAAUUGACUUUUGAUUACCGACUACAUGCUGUUGGAAACGAUCAAGCGGAAUGCCAUUGCGGCUCGAAACUCUGCAGAAAGUAUCUAGGAGCUAAAAUUAAAAGUACGACCACUACUAAAGGGAAGGAUGGCGGCAAUAAUAAAAGUAACAAGAAUAAUAAUGGUCAAGGUAAGCGCAAAAAACGAAAAAAGCGAAAAAGAGCAAUCAAACACGAAGAUGAAUGCUAUGUGUGUGGUGAUGGCGGACAGCUAAUAAUGUGCAGUCGUAAAAGUUGCUAUAAAUGCUAUCACUUGGAAUGUCUAACAAUUGAUGGUAUCCCUCGAGGAAAAUGGGAUUGCCCGUGGCAUCAUUGUGAUAUUUGUGGUAAAGCUGCUAAUCAGUUAUGUAGCCGUUGUCCGAAUUCAUUUUGUAAAACGCACGCUAACGGUAGAAUUCAGUCUAAGAAUAGCUGUGGAGAGAUGGUUUUGCUUUGCCACCAGUGUAUCGACGAUGACCAAGAUAUUAACAAGUCCAACUAA